AUGGAGCAGAUAUUGGCUGUGAAAAUUGGCUGCUUGGCAGGGCUGCUCCUCCUCACUCUUCUUUGCGGCCUCAUUCCAGCCCAGAUCAAGUGGUUCCACAUGAACAUGGCCAGAGGGAAACAUCGGCGCAUCCUCAGUUUUAUUGGCUGCUUCGCUGCUGGGGUCUUCCUCGGUGCCUGCAUUAUGCACAUGGUGGCUGAUGCCCUGAGAGACAUCGAAACAGAAAUAGGAAAACGACGGCAUCAGAAAAGUAUAGUAUAUAAAGUAAAUAGCACCUACACGAGCACUGAUAAUGAUUCAGAGCUUUACCCAUAUGGAGAGCUCAUAAUUUCAUUGGGCUUCUUCCUGGUGUUUUUUAUCGAAAGCCUGGUGCUCCAUUGUUGCCCCCAAGCUGUUCACUCGCAUGGCAGCCAGGAAAACCACGAGGAUCACAAGGAGCUCCCACCUUCUCACAGUUCCUUCCGGGCAUUUAUACUUUUCCUGUCGCUGUCCUUUCAUUCGGUCUUUGAAGGACUCGCCAUUGGUGUGCAAAAGGAGACCACGGACACCAUCCAACUUUGCCUGGCCGUGCUCAUCCACAAGGCCAUCAUGAGCUUCAGCUUGUCUUUGAAGCUAGUGCAGAGUAGCACCAAGCUCCAAUGGAGGAUACUCUACCUAGUGGUCUUUGCUCUGAUGUCUCCAACUGGUAUCAGCAUAGGCAUCGGCGUGUCUCUUUCCAAUGGGGAUGGGAGUGGUCUGGCCCAAGCUGUCCUUGAAGGGGUGUCAGCAGGAACUUUCCUCUAUGUCACAUUCCUGGAAAUUCUUCCUUACGAGCUGGGUUCACAUGAAAGCCCUCUCACCAAGUUCCUUUUCAUCAGCCUAGGCUUCUCCAUUAUGGCCGUCAUUGCCAUUUGGGCAUGAAACUCAAGCUCAUGCCAAGGAACCUGGGAAACCUGCCCUCCAUCAGCCAUCAGACCUAUUCCUGUCUAUCUUCUCUGGCACGUUAUAUUGUGUCUAUUCAUGUUGUGUUUGCCAUUAUACUUUCCUUGAGUGCCAUAGGAAAAAUGAAUCAAGAAGAGAAGCCUAUGACAAUCCUCCAAGGAAGUUUAAGAGACAAUUUAGAUUAAAAAUAGUUGACUGUGACAGAUGAAGAUAUCAAAUGGACUCAUUUUCACUUCUUGAGCUACUGGAAGGCUGUAAUUCAGUCUUCUCAAUCACUUGUCUUCCAUAAAACUGAAGAUUGUAGAUUAAAACAAAACGUUAACAACAAAAACAUAAGAAGCAGAGCCUUCUGCAAUGGAGGUCAAUGAUGAAAAUGGUGUUGUAUUGCCUCAACACAAGUCCACCUUUAUCUACAUGGGUCAUGCUGCUGGAUGGAUGCACGAAAGAGGCAUAGCUACUACUAUCAUAAUUCUGCGAAGCAUUCCUGAGAGCAUCUCUGGAAAGAAGUCAAUAACUACUAUCUUAUUAUUGCUAAGUCCAUGACUUGGCUGGGAAGAAUGUUUAAGGGCUGGGGAUGGGAUGUAAGUAAAAAGUUGAAUGGCCCCUUCCUUUUUUAGGCAAUCAAAUAAAGAGAAGAUAGGCCAUUAUA